GCGUCAUGCCGCACCCCCCCAUCCCGCCGCCCAGCCCCAACGGAGGGGCGACCCGCGCCCCGGAAGCGCCCGGCCCAAAGCAGCCGGGGCCGAGGCCGCCGCCGCACGCGGGCACUCCGCCGCCGCAAAAGCCAAAGGGCGGCGCCCCUCCCCGCGGAGGCAUGUGCGGCUGCAUCCCCGGCUGCCCCAUCCCGGGCGGGAUCAUCCCUCCCGGGCCGCAGCCGCAGCGCGGCGCGCCCAUGCCGCCCAAGCCCGGCACCGCCCCCGGCGGAAGCCUCCCGCCCUGCCGGUGCUGCGCCGCGGGAAGGCGGGAGGCGUGCGGCCCUCCGCGCUGCAGCGAGCCGUCGCCGGCGGAGGCCGGCGGCUCGGCCUCGUCCGCCGAUGCCUUUCGCUGCCGCUUGUAGUCGCGCUCCUGCUCCUCCUCCUCCUCGUCACUCUCCGAGUCUUGCUUGCUCGCCGCUCGCGCACCCGCACCCGCCUCCUCCGCGUCGUGCUCGGCAGGCGGCUCCUCGCCCGCGUCGGGCUGGGACGCGUCACCCUCGCUCAGCCGCCAGCUCUCGCACGAGCUCCCCCGC